UUCUGUACAGCUCUCUCAGGCCGGUGAUCUGAUCAUUGAAAUCUAUCUGGAGAUGAAGAUACCUGACUGCUGCAUAACUCUCAAAGUGUCUCCCACCAUGUGUGCUGAGGAGCUGACCAAUCAGGUUCUGUACAUGAGGAACGUCCCAGCUGGGGACAAAGACGUCUGGAUGACGUUCGAGGCCAUCGAGGAUGGUCAGCUGGAGCGUCCGUUACACCCCAAAGAGAAGGUCCUGGAGCAGGCUCUGCAGUGGUGUAAGAUGGCUGACCCGAGCUCCGCCUACCUGGUGGUGAAGAGGGUCCCUAAAGGAGAAGGCAUCACUCUCCUCACCUCUUAUAAGAGCGAGAUCAUGAAGGUGGGUCUGCUGAGGUGUCGCGAGGAGCCUCCGAAACUCCUUCAGGGAACCAGGUUCCAGGAGAGAACGUUCCAGAUUCGACACCACAAACUGCUGCUGCUCAAAGACAAGAAGAGCAUCAAACCUGAGAAGGAGUGGGCUCUGAAGUCCUUAAAGAUCUACAUCGGCAUCCGCAAGAAGCUGAAGGCUCCAACCAGGUGGGGCUUCACAGUGAUGUCAGACAAACACCAGCUGUACCUGUGCUGCAGCAGCGAGGCCGAGCUGUGGGAUUGGAUCACGAGCCUUCUCAGAGCUCAGAACGAUGACCCGGGUCCUCCAGUGCUGCGCCGCCACUCCUCCUCUGACAUCUCCAAGCAGAAGUUUGGAACGAUGCCGCUCGUCCCCAUCAGAGGAGACGAGAGCAACAGCAGCAUGCUGUCGGCCAAUCAGACACUGAGGAAACUACACGACCGGAGAACUCUCUCCAUGUACUUUCCCAUGAAGGUCCAGCAGGACUCGUUCGAGGAACGCUCGGAGUCUCCUGACCUGCCUGAGCCGCUCUACGAGGAGGUCGGCGACUUCGGCCUGCAGGUCCUGAAGUCUCUGGAGACCAGCUUCCUGUCCAGCAGCAUCGCAGAGACCCAGGAAGUGCCAGACCACCCCCCACUCAGGUUGGUUCCCGUGGAGUCCAGAGAUUUGGAUCACAUGAUCAUCCCGGAAGUAGUCCGGAUGGCGAGAGGCUCCGUGGAGACUCUGGAGCAGAGCAGCAGCAGUAGCGGAGGAGCCGGCGGAGGCGAUGGAGAUGCAGGCUCUCCAGAUUCAGAUGCCGCCAGCCAGCCUGCAGUGAGAAGCAGGCAGACGCUGAUGGGAGUCUGCACGCCAUCGCAGGAACUGCUCCUGCAAGAGCUGUCCACCGCCUUCAUCAAGAAUACCACGGAGGAGGAGCGGGAGGAAGAGGAGAGGCCCUACGAUGUCUGAGGACAAAACGGUGGGGUCACAUGAUCUCCCUCCAUUCACAGCACGCCAGCAGUCGACCCAAGGUGGCCAUUCAGGUUACAGAGAUAACGAUCACAUGACCUCAUACAGGACCCGUCAGGCAGACUUUACUGUAAAAGCUGCAGCUGAGGAGGGCCAUGUGAUGCGGCCGCCUGUAGGUGAUUGGAGCUCAGUUCGGGGCUGUGCUAACAUCAGCGGCUCUCUGACUUUUUCAGCCUGUGUGAAGCGUCCUCUGCAACCAGGAGAGGGCGCCGUAUCAGUUUGUACUUAACAGACUGAGAGCUGAGUCGUUCUCUUUAUGUAACAGGAAGUUUGAUCACACGUGUUUAAUUGUGAAUGACUCACAAACGGUGAAAAAUGUUUUUAUGAUAUUUUAAUGUUUCCAACAAGUCUAAUCUGAUAUCUCAAAGCAGUAACCUUCUCUAAACUGUCAGUUCAAAUACUCGAUGAAGCUCACACAGGUAAAGGAGGAAGGUGUCACGGGACUCAGUAACAGGUAACCUGCAGCGCUGUUCCUGCGUAUGUGUUUAAAUAAAGUUAGAAGAGAAUAAGUGACAGAGAGCCGGCUUCAGUGACGACUCUGGGAUUACACAUCAGAUUACACAAACGAUGACAUCAUAGAAACGCAGCGCUGUGAAGAUUAAAUUGAAGUAAACGAGCUGCAACAUGUGGAACAAAUCAAACUGUGAACACAGUUGGUCACAUCUAAACGCAGGCGCCUCAUUGGUCAGUUCUACACGUCUGUGUGUAAAGUGACCAAUGAGGCGCCUGCCUCAGUCUUAAAUUGGCUGUCUGGAAGUCAUGCAUUGGUUUGGCGCCUCCUGCUGGGACAGUGUAACGUGUUCUUCCUGUCGCUCUGUCAGCGCUAAUGCUGCAUUUCCUGUGAGGACUUCAUAAUAAAAGUCAUGUGAUGAUCCAGCUGGAGUUCAUAGUACUGCAGUACUUCCAUCAGUUAUCACUUUGUAUUAGUUUGGAAGCUGUAUGAACAUUUUUAUAGACGUGUUAUUCAUAUAAAAACACUUGUAAACAUAUCUGCAGUAACACACACGUGUGUAUUUAUGGGAGUGUUUCCCAGUAGCCACAGUGUUCCAGUAAAGCUGCUGGUGAGGACAGACUGGCCUCACUGGUUUGUGUUGCUGAAACCUCCGUGUGCUCAUGUUCCUGUACAGAUUUGGGAUGUGUUAUUAAACUGCUGGUUUGCUGCAAA